AUGUUUGCAGCAACUUAUCUUCCAAUUGUAGUCUUAGCCCUUUGGUUAUCACUACAAUCAGUGUUUAAUUUUCAAUUUGAAGCAGCUUAUGGGGAUGCCAUCCCAUCUCCAGUUGCUUGUGUGAACCCCCCAUGUCAGCAGGAUCCUCCACCAGUUUCUGGCUAUCCUUCUUAUGGAGCACCACCACCACCAUCGCCUCCACCUUCUGGUUACUCCAUAUAUAACUACCCUCCACCACCCCCACAUAAAGAAGGCCAUAGCAAGUGCCCUCCAGCUCCUGGUGUUCAGUGCUGUACCCCUCCUGCUCCUUACACCUAUGGACCUCCAAAUCCUAAUGCUCCUCCAAUUAAUCUUUAUGCUCCUCCAAAUCCUUACACCUAUGUGCCAUAUGGUGGUGAAGGUAAAGGCUGUGCUGCUACACCUCUGUCACUUCUAGCCCCUCUCUUGAUGGUUUUUUAUUCUUUUGCUUUUCUCUUCUGA